AUGGCUGACGAGGAAGAGCGCAUCAAGGCCGAGAAGCUGGCCGCCGCUAAGAAAAGGGUGGCUCAGCUUCAGAAACAAAAGAAGAAGGCCAGUAAAAAAGCUUCGACCGCCCCAGACGCUGCCAAAGAGACAGAGAACACCAAAGAGUCAGAAUCUACGCCAGAUGCCUCGCCCGAAACAACCACCGAAGCUGCUCCCUCGGAGGCAAACCCCGCGGAGAAGAAGCCACAAGGAGAGACGCCCGCAGACAUCGCGACCACAGAGCAACCCGCAGAGGACGCUUCUAAGAAAGUCUCAGACGACGAACAAGAAUCUGGUGAAUCACAUACUGAGCCGAUGCCGCCGGCUCCCACGUCACCUGAAGGCGAGACGGAAUCACCACCUGCGCGCUUGGAGACAGAUACCCCUCGAGCUGGGCACGCACGCCAACCCUCUCUAUCGAUUCAGUCAAAGCUUCGAUCAUCAUCAUUUCGAAAAUCGUCGAUAUCUCAAGGGGGUCCAUCACCACCUGCUCUGAAAUCACCCCCGCAUCCUUUGCCUCCUCUCACAGGAGAUGGCGAGUCAGUUCACGAGGUCUUUCGGAAACAGUCAACGAAGAUCGAGGAAUUGGAGGCGGAUCGAAGGAGGCUCGAAAAAGAGCUUUCGGAUGCUACCGCUCGCUGGCGCAAGACGGAGGAUCAACUUGAAGAUCUGCGAGAGGCUAGUGUGGACGGGGCAGAGUUGAGGGAAAAGCUGAGACAGGCAGAGGAGAAGGUCGCGAGUAUUGACGCAUUGAAAGAAGAGGUCGCAUCACUCCAACGACAAAAUUCACAGCUUCAAUCUCGAUCACAUCGCAGCAAUGCCAGCGUCUCAGUACCCCCACCUUCGCAAUCUCCGCCAGCAGAUCUCGUACGACAGUUGGAGUCCAAGUCCGCCACAAUUGAGUCCAUGGAGCUGGAGAUAUCGAAUUUGCGCGCUCAAGUAACAUCUUUUACAUCCUCACAUGAUUCACACGAAACACAAGUUGCCGCUCUCGAAAGCAAGCUUGCGAAGGCGGAAGAGGCUCUUGAAAAAUCUCAUCGCGAACUCGAUGACACCAAACAAGCAUUGAAUCGCGCUUCCGAAAAAGCCGUGAAGGAAGGCGUGGACAAGACAUCGACCGAGACGUUGAUUAAGUCCCUCGAGCGCGAAGUCGAGGAGCUGAAGAGUGAGAAAGCCGAAAGCGAGAAGAAAAUCGAGACCUUGGAAAAGAAACUGCUGGCACUAGGGAAUCUGCACAAAGAGUCCGAAACUCGGCAUCAGACUCGCCUACGCGAGAUUGAAAAGGCGGAAAAAGAGACUGCCAUCUUACGAAAAAAGCUAGCGACAGUCGAAAGUGAAAAUCUUCGUCUACAUGAGGAACUUGAUCGCAUGCGUAAGCGCGAUGCCGGUGGUACGGAUGAUGACGCACUCGAUGAGCUUGAAGAUGAAGAGCGCCAACGCCUAGAGCGUCGAAUUCGUGAACUCGAAGGCGAGAACUUCGACUUGCGUCGCGGCGUUUGGCAAGAGAGACGCUCGGAGCUAGUUGGACAACAGCACGCGGACGAUGAGUUGUCGGGCACUGGUGAUCCUGGCGCCAACGCCUUCGAUGAUGUUGACCUGGUCGGUGGUCGACCUGACCACUCUCGGCGUCGAAGCAUGGCCUUGCAGCAGCAGCAGCAACAACAACAGCAGCAGCAGCAGCAUUCCUCGUUCACCGAUGUAAUAUCCAGCGGCUUGGCCGCCUUUGCAGGUGGUAAUCGUGCGCGAUCGGGCUCGAGCAACCCACCGCGCCCGCAUGGCCCUGCUACUCGUGGUAGUCUGGAGUUGCUCUCGGAGGAGAAUCUGGAGGAUGAGUUUGACGAGGCUGAGUUUGCCCGUGCCCAAGCUGAAGAGGAGGCACGCAAGAGAGUGGAGUGGGUUCGUGAGGUUAAACGCAAGUUACGUGACUGGCAGGGCUGGCGCUUGGAUCUUGUGGAUAGCCGCGCCGGUGCAGAGGGACCGGGGCUGGCCUUGGGUCAGAUCUUUGAGGUUUAG